CAUUCUUGUAAGUGUUCGCGCAGCGCCAAUUCAACUUGUCCACCACACUGAGUGGACUUGUUUGACCUUUGUCAAGCUUGAAAACAGCCCAAUUGUGAGUUUAAUCUUUCAGUUUAACAGUUAGAAAGUGUGGCAUCGCACGCGGCUGUCGGUAAAGUUGCCCGCGUGGUCUGCGUUAUUGAUACUUUGCAGCGCGAGGAGGAGCAGCAGACGUCCAGUAGCGCGAGGAGGAGCAGACCUCACAUCUGGCUGACCGCUCGUGACUCAUCCCCGGACCUUUCGCCUCUCUUACAUCAGAAGAGUCCUAACAUCCCAGUCCUGUGUGCAGCGGCUGACAUGGCGGAGUGUGUGCUGGUGAUUGGUGGAGGGGGGCGGGAACACGCCCUGGCCUGGAAACUUGCCCAGUCGCCCCACGUCAAGCAAGUGUUGGUUGCCCCCGGGAACGCAGGCACCGCUGACUGUGGCAAGAUCCGCAACUCUGAGGUCUCUGUCACCAACCACGCCAUCUUGGCCCAGUUCUGCAAGGAUCACAAUGUGGGUCUGGUGGUGGUUGGCCCCGAGGUCCCCCUGGCCGCAGGCAUGGUGGAUGACCUGACGGCUGCGGGCGUGGCCUGCUUCGGGCCCUCCGCCAGGGCCGCCCAGUUGGAGGCCAGCAAGAGCUUCUCCAAGGCUUUCAUGGACCGCCACGGCAUCCCCACGGCUCGCUGGGGCUCCUUCACGGACCCCCAGCUGGCCUGCGACUACAUCCGGACAGCUAGCUUUCCGGCGCUGGUGGUGAAGGCCAGCGGUCUGGCAGCGGGAAAGGGUGUGAUUGUGGCGGCCAAUCAGGACGAGGCCUGCAUGGCGGUGAAGGACAUUAUGAAGGAGAAAGCGUUCGGUUCGGCUGGAGAGACGGUGGUGGUGGAGGAACUUCUAGAGGGAGAGGAAGUUUCGUGUUUGUGCUUCAGCGACGGCUCCAGCGUGGCCCCCAUGCCACCGGCACAGGACCACAAGCGGCUCCAAGAUGGCGACUUGGGCCCCAACACCGGGGGCAUGGGGGCCUACUGCCCCACACCACAGGUAAGCCAGGAGCUGCUGGAACAGAUCAAGGUGAAGGUGCUGCAGAAGACCAUCGACGGCAUGAAGGCAGAGGGAGCUCCGUACAUAGGCGUGCUCUAUGCUGGCCUCAUGCUCACCAAGGACGGCCUGAGGGUGCUGGAGUUCAACUGCCGCUUUGGAGACCCGGAAUGUCAGGUCCUAAUGCCCCUGCUGAAGGGUGACCUGUACGAGGUGCUGCUCCACACGCUGGAUGGCACGCUCGCCUCCCACGCCCCCGUGUGGCACCAGGAAAGCUCUGCGGUCACCGUGGUGAUGGCCAGCGCCGGCUACCCGGGCACGUACGAGAAGGGUGUCCAGAUCACAGGGCUGUCCCAGGUGGAGGCGAUGGACGUGCAGGUUUUUCAUGCCGGCACCGCCCUAAAGGCCGGGGGCGUGACCUCCAGCGGGGGGCGUGUCCUCACCGUCACGGCCGUGCGGCCGUCCCUGGAGACGGCGCUGCAGGCGGCCAAUCAGGGCGUGGCGGCAGUGGUCUUCCCCGGCGCAGUGUACCGUCGCGAUAUCGGACACCACGCCAUCGCGUACCUCGGACAACGCAGGGGGCUGACCUACAAGGACAGUGGCGUGGACAUUGCUGCUGGGAACAGACUGGUGGACAUGAUAAAACCUCUGGCCAAAGCCACCGCCCGCGCUGGGUGCAACGCUGAGCUGGGCGGUUUCGCAGGCGUUUUUGACUUGAAGGCGGCCGGCUUCGUGGACCCGAUUCUGGUGUCCGGGACGGACGGCGUGGGCACGAAGCUGAAGGUCGCCCAGGCGUGCGGGAAGCACGACACCCUGGGCCAGGACCUGGUGGCCAUGUGCGUGAACGACGUCCUUGCCCAGGGGGCGGAGCCUUUGUUCUUCCUCGACUACUUCUCCUGCGGAACCCUGGACGUGGGCGUGGCCUCGUCCGUCAUCGGGGGCGUGGCCGCCGCCUGUCGUUUGGCCGGGUGUGCUCUGCUGGGGGGUGAGACGGCAGAGAUGCCGGGCACCUACGGCCCCGGCGAGUACGACUUGGCUGGGUUCUGCGUUGGCGCUGCUGAGCGGGCGUCGCUGCUGCCCCGCCUGGCCGACAUCGCCGCCGGCGACGUCCUCCUGGGCGUGGCCUCCUCCGGCGUCCAUAGCAACGGCUUCAGCCUGGUGCGCCAGGUGAUGGGCCGUGCCGGGCUGGGCUACGGGGCAUCAGCACCCUUCGGAGAGCCGGGACGCACCCUGGGUUUGCUCACGCCCACAAAGAUAUACAGCCGCCUGCUCCUGCCCAUCCUGCGCAGUGGUGCGGUGAAGGCCUACGCCCACAUCACAGGGGGUGGGCUCUUGGAGAAUAUCCCCCGCGUUCUGCCCAAUGAGCUGGCAGUUGAUCUAGACGCGUCCCGCUGGUCCAUCCCCCCCGUGUUCUCCUGGCUCCAGGAGGCCGGUGACAUCAGCGACGAGGAGAUGGCCCGCACCUUCAACUGCGGCCUGGGCGCCGUGCUGGUGGUGGCAACCGCCGACGCCCAGGGGGUCCUGCUUCAGCUGCAAGCCCAGGAGGAGGCCUGGGUCCGUGGGGUCGCUGGCCCACAAGCAGCCCGGUGA